AUGGGUGAAAUUAAUGAAGCAAAAAUUAAAUUAUUACAACAAAUUAAAGAAAAGGAGAAGGAAAUUAAUAAUUCUGAUGAAAUGUUAAAAGAAGAAUUAGUUAAUUUAAAAAUUGAGAAUGGAAAUUUGAAGAAAAUGAAAGAAGAAAAUGAUAAAAAAUUGGAUGAAAAAUGUGAAGAAAAUAUUAAAUUAAAAGAAGAAAAUUAUAAUUUUGCGCAGGAAUCGGAAAAAAAUAAAUUUUUAAUAAAACAAUUGGAAGAUGAAAAAUUGAAAAAUUUAUAUGAAUAUGAGAGGGAAAUUAAGAAAAUUCAAAGUAAAGUUGAAGAACUUGAAAAAGAGAAGAAAUAUGCUCUUGAUUUAUAUACAAAUUUUGAGAUAAAAUUUGAAGAGGAUAAAAAUGAAUUGAUUAUUAAUUUAAAAGCAGACAAUAAACGUUUAAAAAAACAAGUAAUGGAACAAUCUUGUGAGGAAGGAUUGACAUCUUUAAAGCUUAGCACUGAAAAUAAAAAAGUUCAAUCAGAAAAUGAUCAAUUAAAGGAAGAAUUAAAUGAUUAUAAAUUUGUAUUGGCUGAAUAUUCAGUUAAACAUGAAGAGUUAAAAAAGUCAAUUGACGAAUUAAAUAAUCAAAUUACUUCAGCUAAUGAAUUGGCUAAGAUGCUUAGAGAAGAAAAUUCGAAACUUCAAACAGAUAGGGAUAUAUUAAUUAAAAGAGUCGAAGAGUUUGAAUUUUUAAUGGAUGAAAAUUCAGUUGAACGUGGGCAAUUUAUGGAGACUAUUGAGACAAUGAAGGAAUUAAUUAAAAAUAAAGAAAAAGAAUUGGAAGAAGAGAAGGAAAAAGUUGAAGAAUUAAAUAUUUCGAAUAAAAAUUUGGAAGAAGAAUUUAACAAAAUUAAAACUGAACAUAUUAAUUUAACUGCAAAAAAUGUUAAAUUAAAUACUAAGUUAGAAAACGAAGACAAAUUAUAUUGUAAUGAUACUUCAACAUCUCAACAGUUAAGCGAGCCAAUAAAACUCUUUGUUCCUGCCGAUAUUCGUGAAGUAUUCCCAGGACGAUUUUUGGGACCUGGUGGUAGGUCGCAACGAGAACUGGAACUUGCUUGUCGAUGUAAACUUAAAAUUAAUGGGAAAGGGGUCAGAAAUUCGACAAGUGAAGAAGAAAUGCAUGUUAUUAUAAGUCCCAGCAAACUCAGUGCAUAUCCUGAUGUAUCUAAGGCAAAAUCAGAAGUAAUAAAAUUAUUUAAGCUGGGUCUAAUGGAUCCCGGAAGAGAGGACCAAUUAGCUGAAGUUGCAAGAAUUAAAAAAGAAGAAUUACGAAAAAAACAAUUAACUGAAUCAGAAAGAAAUGAACAAAAAAUUAGAGAGGAAAGAUUAGCUUUUUUAGAAGAUAUUAAAAAAUGUCAAGAGGAGAAAGAUAAAGAACUACUUGAGUCUUUUAAAUGUUUAGUAUGUUUUGAACAAUUCGGAAUUACUUACAGAUUUCCAGUGCUAUCCAACUGCUGUCAUACUACCUGUGCUGCUUGUGUUAACAGAAUAUUAAAGGAAAAUCAAUGUUAUGCAGAAAAAAAUUCAUUUAAAUGUCCGCGCUGUCGGGGACAAACACCUAUGGAAAAUCUUUCUAAUAAAAAUUAUCAAUUAAUAGGUAUUCUUUUUAAGACUUAA